GCUCAGCCUCAGUGUCAUCAAGAGAUACAGAGGAGAGAGGAGGUACAAGUCGAAGGCUGUUGCAGAUAAACAACAACACAGGAAAGAGCAGGUGCCUGGAGCGGAGUGUUACAAAUGGCACGGCCUCGAUGUUAUCAACAAUGUAACAUAUUGAACGCAUUUACACCCACCAAAAAAAAAAGAAAAUAUAUAUAUAUAUAUUGAACGCAUGAACAACGCAUGUAAUGUUACUGUAGUAGAGAUAGAGAGAAAAAAAGCAAUACUUUCUGGUCAAAUUAUAUAAUUAAUCAAAAUAUACACCACUUUUGCCCAUUAAAGAGACAACGACUAGUCUUCGUACACUAUUACCAACAAACUCUGCAUCUUCUUCCUCUUUUACUUUUCACCAUUUUACCACACAAAUAAAAAGGUCAAAAAAAAAGGAGACAUUGGACCUCCAAGUUCCCUCAACACCAACACGCUCUUUCCUCCUCCUCCGACUCCAACUUCACCGCCGCCGUCUCAAUGGAACCCGUCCAGCGUCAGCGUCCACGUGGCAGACCCCAAGGUUCGAAAAACAAACCGAAACCACCGGUCUUCCUCACCGUGGAGCCUCCCAUGAGUCCUUACAUCCUCCAAGUCCCCUCCGGAAACGACGUCGUCGCCUCCAUCAACCGCUUCUGCCGCGAAAGAUCCAUCGGCCUCUGCCUCCUCAGCGGCUCCGGCUCCGUUGCUGACGUCACGCUGCGCCAGCCUCCCCCUGCACCUCCCGGCUCCACCAUCACUUUCCACGGCAAGUUCGAUCUCCUCUCCGUCUCCGCCGCUUUCCUCCCUCCUCCCGUCUCCAGCUCCUUCACCGUCUCGCUCGCCGGACCUCAGGGGCAGAUCAUCGGCGGAUUCGUCUCCGGUCCGCUCAUCUCCGCCGGACCGGUCUACGUCGUCGCCGCGAGUUUGAACAACCCUUCGUAUUACCGGUUACCCGCGGAGGUGAAGCAAGAAAACUCCUCGGCUUCGGCGGAGGCAGAGGAAGGGAAGGGACAGUCGCCGCCGGUCUCUGGAGGAGGUGGAGAGUCUUGCCACAUUGAGGGCUCUGAUGUUGUCUGGACCCCCGCCGCCGGCAUACUAACCAAACCUUCCCUUUAGAGUUUCUGCUAUUAAUCAUCAAGAAUCAAUUUGUUUGCUUUUAAUCUUUGUUCUUCAUGCUCUCUGUCACUCUUUAAGUUCGACAUGAGUUUAUAUGAUUCGCAUUGUCUUCUAGAGAUAAUUAGAAUGUUUGUCCCCUAAUGAUUGGUUGGUUUAUUUAAAACAUUUCUUUAAUCUUA